CCCUUCCACUACCCCCAGCUAGAAAAGCAGUCUGGUCCCUAGCCAAUCAGAAUUUCUGCAGGUGGAAGAACAGCCCUCUCCCCAACCAGUCAGAAUCCACGGGGAAUCUUUACGGCUGAUUGGCUGGCAAUGAGUAUCACAUACUGGGAGAUGGGGUGGCCAAGGAUACAGCCCCUUGUCCCCAAGAGCUGGGGGUGCUUUGGUUCAUGGGAUUAGGGCUGCCCCCUGCUGACAGAGAUGGGGACAGCUGUCUGAACAGUCCCCUGCCCUCCCACCUCACUCUGCCCAGCACAGCACUUCUGGGGCCAACUGGUGAGCUCACCCCCGGGUGGUAACCUGAGGAAGCACGAGCCCCUGUCGGGCGCUGCCAGCCCCUGAGCUCAGCUGGGUAUUUUUAGAAGUGCCGUGAUUUUGCUUUUCAGGGAGGGACUAAACAUGUUGCCCCAGGGACCUGGACUCGCCAGCUAAAGAGCAGAGCAUGUGGGCAUGCAUUGGGGUCACCCUUCCCAAUGCCUCCCUCACCCCUGGAAGACCGCCUCUCCGUCCUCCAGCGCCCCAAGACCUUGGCUUUGCGCCUCAAUCACAGCUUCCCUGCCGACAAGCAGCUUCUGUCGCCCCGGGUGCGGAGACCCCCGAGCCACCCACCCCCUAAGGACCGAACCGGGGCUACCCCACCCUAUCAGGAGUCCCAGGCCUGCCUCCCACCCCCCCACUCCCACACCAUCGACAUCAAGCUGACGGUGGGGGCUGGGCAGAGCCGGGCGCGCGAUCGCAACCUCUCCCUGCAGCUCGACCUCCAGCAGGGCAGCAGCAGGUCCUGCGGGGGGCCGGAGCUCAAGGUGCUGCUGCCUCAAGCCAAGCUCAAGAAGCGCUGCUUUAAGGAAAACUCACGGCCGGCUGGGGGGGACACCCCGUCACCUGCUUCCUCCUGCCUCUCCAGCCCCAGAGCGGGCACCAUGCACCCCUUGAAAGGCGGCUGCCGGGGCUGCUGGCGCUUGAUGCGCUGUGACGACACCAGCCCCAAGCCGGGGCUGCGCUCCCUGGGGUGCCUGUCAUGCCGCUCCAGUCUGGCCUCCCUCAGCUGCUCCCCGCCCUCGGUCAAGAAGCUGGGGUGCUUGCCCUGUACCCCAUCAGCCCUCAAGUCCCUGGCCUGCCUGGCAUGCAACCCCUCAGUCAAGUCGGUCAGCUCCUCCUGCAGCUUCUGCAGCAGCGACCCCAUUGUGGCCUACGACCCCCCAGCCAGGGGCUCGUCCCCCUCCAGCUACGACGAGGAUGACUACAGCGUGCGCACCAUCUGGCCCGAGGAGCUGGCCAAGAAGAUGAGCCGUUCCCGCACCCAGCAGCAGGGGGCACCACUGAUCCUGGAUUGCCGCAACCUGAUGCAGUACACCAAGAGCCAGCUGCAGGGCGCCAUGCACUUCAGCGUUUCGGAUGCGGCCGGCAGGCGGCGCCUCCAGCAGGGCAAACUGGCCGUGCUGGACUUCAUGGCCUCCAAGGACCCCCACGACUCCCUGCAGCGCCUCUGGCCCAAGGAGCAGCAGAACGGCUGCUGUGCCGCAGUGGGGGAGACCCCUGCCCCUCCGGCCCCUCCCGAGCCCCCCAAAACCCUGCCCGCCCAGAACCUCCACCUGGUGCUGGACUCGCUCAAUAAGGAGGUGCAGGGCAGGAGAGGGAGUGUGGCGGUGCCGCCAUCAGAGCCGCUGGAGGAAGCUGGGGGGGUCCUGGAGGGGGUGGACGGGGACCCUGAGGGGCCACCCCUCACCCCCGACCUGGAGAGCGCCGAGCUGAGCCCCAUCCUGCCCUUCUUGUUCCUGGGCAACGAGCGCGACGCACAGGACCUGGAGCGGAUGCUGAGCCUCAACGUGGGCCAUGUGCUGAACGUCACCACCCACCUGCCCCUCUACCACGCCCAGAGUGGGCACCUGCGCUACAAGCGCCUGCCCGCUACCGACAACAGCCGCCAGGACCUGCGCCAGUACUUUGAGGAGGCCUUCGAGUUCAUCGAGGAGGCACACCAGCGGGGGAAGGGUGUGCUGAUCCACUGCCAGGCGGGUGUCUCACGCUCAGCCACCAUCGUCAUCGCCUACCUGAUGAAGCACACACUGAUGACCAUGAGUGACGCCUACAAGUACGUCAAAGGCAAACGCCCCAUCAUCUCGCCCAACCUCAACUUCAUGGGGCAGCUGCUGGAGUUCGAGACAGAUCUCAACGCAGGGGUCACCCCCCGCAUCCUCACCCCCAAGCUCAAGCUCACUGGGGUGGAGACCGAGGUGUGAGCGGGGCCUGGGCUGGACCAGGCCACCCAUCUCAGGGCGGGGAGGGGAGGGAAGGGGAGUGUGUGCAAUAACUGGACGGACAGGCUUCCAACAGGCCAGGUCUGGGGGCCAGAUACCAGGGCACCAAUGCCCAUCCUGCCCACUUGUGCCCCAUGUGCCGCCAGGUGCCCGUUGAUAGAGGGCUGAGGAGAGGGGCCAGUUUUUACCCCAGUUUUUAAUCCCUGCGUGUGCGUGCGGUGGCGAGGGCUGUUGCCUGCUAUUUAUUGGGAUGUGUGUGUAUAUUUUGGGGGUCCCCAUGGCCUGUUGCUCCUUUGGCCUCUCCGCUCUGGGUGCUGCUUUGCUGAAGUCCACUGCGGAGAAGGGGGGCCCUACAGGGAUUUGGGAGGAACACAGGCCAACCCCCCCCCGCCCAAAAAACAAACAAACAAAAAACUAGCAGAUUUUUUUGAAAACUCAGGACGAUCACAGACUUUCUUCCAGACUGAUUCACAGCGCCAACAUGGAUGGAGUUUGGGGGCCCCCAUAGCCUCCCCACCCUAUAUUCUUUGGAUUCUGCUGCUCCAUACCUGACCGUCAACCUGUUAUACUGACUGAUGUCUUAAAAUGACAGUAGCACCUUUCCUGUGUACAUGGAGGGGGAGGGGAUUACAUUGGACGGGGAGGUCUCCUCCCCCAGUGCCCAGUGUAGGAGAGAGACCCCCCCACACACUCCCUCCAGGGCAAUACAAUUUAGUAAAUCAGAAUAGUCUUCCAUUAGGGGAUAUUUAUUUUUAAAGACUUGGGGAGGGGCUCCAAAGUGGGGGGUGCCUCCUUUGCUUUUGUACCAUGCUGGUCCAUUUCAUGAGGCUGCUGGUUACUGUCUCUUUAAGAUGCCCUCCUCUGGGGGGAGGGUGAGAUUUGGGGGGUCUGGGGAGAAUUAUGGGGAGGGGAGUUUCUUAUUUAUCUGAGAUGUAAUAGGAGUUUUUGGCUUUUAACCCUUUCUUCUCCCUCCUCCCCCAAAUGGGGGGGCCUCUACAGUUAAUGGUCACACAAAAUCCAGGGGAGGGGGAAUUUCUCUUCCCCCCAUUUUAAUGUCUUCCAGUCCCUCCCCCUUCUUUCCAGUGCUAAGUUUGGCUCCCCCCCACCAUGGAGGGUACAGAUAUGAGGGGUGGGUGGGAGUGUGGAGGAGCCAAAAAUGAAGGGAUGGGGACAGUUUAUGUUGGGGAGUGACAGCAAAGAGGGACCCCUCCCCCUGCACAGAAAGAGGCACUUCCCACAUUCCCCCCCGCCCCACCAUAUGCACACUCAUCCACACCCCCUCUCAGGCAGCCCUGCACACAUACUGCCCACAGCCCCUGUGACCCGGGCACACCCCACAGGAGCCCCCAUACAUGUCCCCCCCCCCCCGAGCCAUGGACAUGUGCCCCCUUGUGCCCUCAUGAGUUCCCAGGUGCCCCAACACCCCAGCUGGAGCUUCAACCACAGGGAG